AGCAUCAUCCAGCGUUUUGUCAUGCAAGCAUAUACAAUUGUUGUAGCACAAAAAUGUGUUUACUUUUUUAAAACCUACACGAGGACGUCUAGCGAUGAAUAAAACGGGGACUUGGCGUAUGUGUUAUGACGUGGAGUCCAGCGUACAGAACAAGAUCUCCUGCGGAAUCGAUCUCUACCUUCCACCUUUCCUGUUCAUUAACGGAGUCGUCUGUAACAUUCUGGUGAUCGUAGUCAUGCGCAGUAAAAACUUCCGGUCAAACUCCACUUCCUUUUACAUUGUGGUCAACGCAUUGAUUGACACCGCCAGCAUUCUUGUCAAUCUGCCCUCCCACUACAUCUUUGUCAACUUUCAUUUGGUUCUCCAGAAAGUAGUCACGGCAAACUCCAUUUGCUCUUUUUUCAACGUAUUCGGAUGGGGGACUAGCGACCUCGGGAUUCUGUUCACCGUGGCCAUGACGACAGACAGAGCCAUCGCCGUCAGGUGUCCCCUACACGCCAACAAGCUGUGCACCACCAGAAGAGCCACGUGCGCUGUCCUGGGCCUCUCUGCCUUCGAGCUCAUCAAACUCUGGCACAUGUUUCCGGAGUCGAUCAUCAAAAGCAAUUCCACGAGCCGUUUCUGCGACAUCAGGCGAAACAACGGGGAAGUCACUUUUUACGUGGAGAACGUAUUCCCUUGGAUUCAUAUUGUGAUUUUACUUGCGAGCUACGUCAUCGCUAUUGCCGCCAACGUCAUCAUAUUAAGAAGCAUCAGAACAUCUAAGAAUUUUUCUGUCAGGGCCGGAAGCAAGGGAGCUAAUAAACAUGCGAGGUCAAGCUCGAAGAACCAUCAGUUAUCUCUCAUGCUUGUUCUGGACUCCAUGGCUCUCGUUAUUUGCACGCUGCCCUUUGCAAUAGUCUCUGUUCUGAUGAGUCAAUUUAACCUGCUCCCAGACUCCCAGGAGGGUAAGAACCUCGCCUUCGCCUCUUCCUUCUACUUACUGUACCUCAACCGUUGUUUAAAUCUGCCCCUUUACUGCGUCAGUGGACAGAGAUUCCGGAAAGCCCUGAAAAGCAUUAUAUGCAACUACCCUUCUAUCGGCGACCUUCGUUGCGCUACUAAAAAUAGACGUCUCUCCAAAAUCGACCAGUCUGUCAGCGGUCAUGAUCAGCCUUCUUCUCAGAAAUCUGGGUCAAAAGAUAAGGAUGAGAUAUGUUACGAUAACAGCCACAUAGUCAAGACAGUAGACCAGAGAUGCUUGACACAAAGUGUAGUCUCUGCUCCAGUCAGAGAUAAUCCUGACUCAUCGAUCUCCACCAGUGGCCAGCCCAACACAAGCACUGAGCAUCAAAACCUUAUCUGCUACAGUCUUAAAGAUAACUCAAUAAUACGUGAAGCCGAAAAGGUCAAGCUUUCAACAAUUAAACUACCGACAUUUUAA